AUGUCUGGUAAUAACAACAACACUCCACAAAAGCCUCAAGGCUCUGCUCCUCCUCCUCCUUUUGGCUCUGUUCCUGGAAACCAAGGCUUUCCUCAGUCUCAUAUGUCACCUAACUUCCCUGCUCAGUUUCAGUUCAACCAAGCUCAGGCCAUGGCCCAUGCUCAGUCCAAAGCUCAAGCACAGUUCCAAGCAGGGAUGAGCAUGAACCAAGGCCAAGGCUCUCAGGGUAUUACUGGUGGGUUAGGUCCAUCUUCUCCUUCUAUGACCACUCCUGGAAGUUCAAACAUGAAGAGGUUCCAGCAAGAACCUCCAAUGAGACCUCCUUCUGGCUUCCCAGUGAAUAACAACACUAUGGAGCUAACUCCUGCUGCACGGAAGAAGAAACAGAAGCUUCCUGAAAAGUCUUUGCAGGAGCGUGUGGCAGCAAUCUUGCCAGAGUCUGCAUUGUACACACAACUUCUUGAGUUAGAGUCUAGGGUUGAUGCUGCGUUGAGUAGGAAGAAAGUUGACAUACAGGAGGCUCUUAAGAACCCUCCUUGCAUACAGAAGACGCUUAGGAUCUAUGUGUUCAACACUUUUGCUAACCAAAGCAAUACGAGUCCAAACGCUGACGGCCCUCCAACAUGGACUCUUAAAAUUGUUGGUAGGAUUUUGGAAGAUGUGGUAAUAGUUAACUUGGAUCAGAGGCUGUAUCCUGAGAACCCAUUGAUCACUUGGGAGAGUUCUCGUUCACCUGCUCCUCAGGAAGGGUUUGAGAUAAAGAGGAAAGAGAAUCAAGAAUUUGCAGCUACUAUUCGGUUGGAGAUGAACUACCUCCCUGAGAAGUUCAAGCUCUCUACUGCAUUGAUGGAUGUUCUUGGGAUUGAAGUUGAAACCAGGCCAAGAAUCAUCGCUGCGAUUUGGCACUACGUUAAGGCGAGGAAACUGCAGAGCCCAAAUGACCCUUCUUUCUUUAACUGUGACGCUGCACUUCACAGAGUCUUUGGGGAAGAGAAGUUGAAGUUCACAAUGGUCUCUCAGAAGAUAUCUCAUCACUUGUCACCUCCACCACCCAUUCACUUGGAACACAAGAUCAAGCUGUCAGGAAACAACCCUGCCAUAUCAGCAUGUUAUGAUGUCCUAGUGGAUGUACCUUUCCCUAUCCAAAGGGAUCUGAACAACUUGUUGGCCAAUGCAGAGAAGAAUAAAGAGAUUGAGACUUGUGAUGAAGCGAUAUGUGGGGCCAUAAGGAAAAUCCAUGAGCAUAGGAGGAGACGGGCAUUUUUCUUAGGGUUCAGCCAGUCGCCAGUUGAAUUCAUAAACGCUCUGACCGAAUCACAGAGGAAGGAUCUGAAGGUGGUAGCGGGAGAAGCUAGUCGUAACGCUGAGAGAGAACAUCGUUCAGAUUUCUUCAAUCAACCAUGGGUCGAAGAUGCAGUAAUACGUUACUUGAACCGGAAGCCAACAGCUGGGAACUAA